UAACUUUGACAGGGCAUAUAAAAGACAUGAAAAGAGCAAUGAACAUGUGAGUGCAUGUGCAAGAUUAAGUUGCAUGGGCAGGAUCAGGGUUGAGCAUGCAAUAAAUGAAGGUGCUCGCAUUCAAGUGGCUAAACAUAAUGAAAUAGUCAAACAAAACAGGGCCUUCCUAAACCGCCUUAUUGAUGUGACAUCCUUGCUUGGCCGGCAGGAGCUGUCAUUUAGGGGACAUGAUGAGAGUAGUGAAUCAUCCAACAAGGGGAAUUACAGGGAGUUCACAGAAACAUUAGCUAAAUAUGACUCUGUCCUGUCCACACAAUUCGAGUCCUCAACUGUGUUUUCUGGUAUGUCCCAUACUAUUCAAAAUGAUUUGAUCACUGCUCUUGCAGCCACCGUUUCUGAUCAGAUCAGAGAUGAAAUUCAGGAUGCUCCCUUUUUUGGAUGGCAGGUGGAUGAAACAACUGAUAUAUCCUGCCGUGCCCAACUCUCUGUCAUUGUUCGCUAUGUGGAUAGUGCAGAUCUCAAUGGUCUGCAGGCCAAAGUGAAAGCAAUAGCCCCCAGUGCAAUGUUUGUGCAUUGCUAUGCACACCGACUGAAUCUGGUGCUGUCACAGGGGGCUAAAUGCUUGCCUGAGUGCAGAAUUUUUUUUGCAUCACUCUCUGGAUUUGCCACAUUUUUUUCAAAAUCCACAAAGAGGACAUCUUUUCUGGAGUCUGCAGGCUGUUCAAGGUUGCCCAGAAACGCUCCUACUCGAUGGAAUUUCACAUCACGGAUAGUGAGCACUGUGGCAAACAAUUAUGAUGGCCUCCUGCAGACAUUUGAGAACAUCAUUGCAGAUACAACAAUGGAUGAUGAUACACUGGAUUGUGCCAAAGGCUUUGUGAGGAAACUGGAGGAUUUUGAGUUUGUGUUCAUGUUGUACACAUAUGAACAAAUCUUCUCUGAGACUGAUGUGGUCUUUGAUAUUGUCCAGCAGAGGGCGAUGUAUGUUCUUUACUGCAAGAACAGAAUUGAAUCUCUUCUUGCAUUUGUCAAAGAGAAGAGGUCAGAGGGGGCUUUCCAAGCCAUUUAUGCCAAAACAGCAGAUCUCACAUCAGACCCACGAGAUGAGCCCAUGAGAAAGCGCCGUCUGACCCAAUUGCAGGAUCCCCAAAUUCCUCGACGUUUUUCAAAUUUGGAAAGCAUGCUCUUCUUAGAAUUAGUCAAUCCAGGGAAAUUUGAUGACAUGAGACAGGUAUUUCCAGAGGAGGCCUUCCAAAGUGUCCUGAAAAGUUAUGGCCAUCACUUUGAUUCAGGAAGACUGAGGUCAGAACUUCAAGUCCUGUAUUCAGAUCAGGACUUGCAGGGUAACAGGGGAAAGCUGUGUGAUUACUUGGUGUUCCUUAAAGACAUGGAGUUGGACAGUGCAAUGCCUCAGCUUUACAAACUGUUCUCAUUAGUGGCAACAAUUGGAGCUACAUCUGCAGGUGUAGAAAGGAGCUUCUCCUGUUUAAAGCGACUCAAGUCCUACACCCGAAACACAAUGGGCCAAGGCCGUUUAAGCAGCCUAGCUCUGCUGGCCAUUGAGAGGACACUGGUCAAGUCACUUGAAAAGACUCCUAGUUGGUACGACAGGGUCACAGACCAUUUUCUUGAAAAGGAACGUAGGGCGGAAUUUACUUUUAAAUAAAUAGACAAUUUUAUGAUGUAGGCCGAAAAUGAGCUUCCCCUCUCUGACAGACCAGUAGCCGCCACUGACAGGGAUGUAUUCUGUCAUCCAAAGGUGAUCUCUGAGACAAAACUGCCGUCACUCCCACCUCUGAUGCAUCCACCUCCACAACGAAC